CCCCAGCGGACGUCGUUAACACGACCAAGCGAGGUCGAUACCGCGAGCAUCACCACCAGCAGGCUGUCUGCGUUCAGCUUUGCAUACCGCCUGUCAGCUGGAUACCCGCUUCUACGCUCCUUACCCGCUUCCGAGCAUACCGGCAACGCAGACCCCGCGCAUACACUCUACACCCAUCUCGCUUUUUUCGCUCUCAUCGACACCAUCGCUUCUCCCGAUAGAAUAGCUCAACAUGGCUGUGGCGACGGCGGGCUCCAACCUCCUCAUCAAUCCCUACGAUGAGAUGGUUGUCCCGGCGCUACGGAAGCGCCUUGAAGCCGAAUCGCGCCUGCUCACCUCGCGAUUGUCAGGGAGCUUUGACGCCUACUCCAUUCCUGAACCCCACAAUACCCCAAGCACCAGCAAUCGAGGAGUAGAAGCAGCUUCUGGUAUUCCAGCCAGCAAGUCCCGUGCUCGCGUCGCUUCUCCUGACCCGUACAACAAACCGAGCUCCAUCCCUCGCCCGAGCCUACAGAUGUCUGCACAAUACGCCCAAUCGACACGCGACCUCUUACUUGGUGCAAAUGGAUCAUCUACGACAUCGAAGCAGGACAGGGUGACGAGAAGCGAUCGCAUUCCGCAACAAGCAGUGAUGCGUGACAGGGAGCAGGACCGUGAGAAGGAGCUGGGGAAAGGAAAGGGAAAGGAGCAAGAAAAUCGUGCACCUGGACAGAGAGCGCGCAGUCGGACGCAGAGCACACCCUACGCAUGUAACGAACUUGUCGCAUCUGCUGCAGCUGCGACAGCCGCUGUCGCUGGUGCCCCGUCUGUUCUUCCCACCCCCGCAUCAUCCCGCGCCAAUUCUCCUCAGAACCAACCCAACGGCUCAACUUCAGCAAUGAACCCCAACGGUCAAAAUCUCACUGCAAGCGCACUUUCCUCUCGUCCAUCUGGCAUUCCUGUACCUCGCUCUACUCCUGCUCGACCUAGUGCCAAGACCCCUCGAAGUAGAAGCAGGAACGCUACGACUCCAGUCACCUUCCCCACUCCAGCAGAGGAUGGCCAUGCAAGAGACGAUCUCGACUUGCAGCAUCUCACGCCGGAGCCACGAAUGCGCUACCCUCCUUCUCCCGAGCCAAGUCCGGAGCUGAGCUAUAUACGAAACGUCCAAGCACCCUUCCCGCUGUCCGGAAGCGUUAUGGGUGGUGGAGCGAGUGACAGUGAUGCCGGACGAAGUAGCUUCGAACGGGACAUGCGUGCCUCACGUGCUGCACGUCGGCGCAAUGACCGAUCAGGCAAGGAUGACAGGGGUGGUUUAGGGGAAAUCGAGCUGAACUAUCGUGGUGACACGCGGCGUAAUGGUGGGCGCGGAGAAGUGUACAAAGGCCACACGGAGGAGCAGCUGGAGAUCGCCACGUUUGGGCACGAUUUAUCUGCCGAACGAAAGGCACUCAACACAGGCCCUCAGCGCCGACGAGGCGAACUCGAUUAUCUGGGCGUUCCAGAUGACGGCACGGUGCGAAUUAAGGGCUCUGCACCCAGUCCGAAUUCAAAGCAGCACAUGGCUUGGGGUGAGCUGGCUCUCGCCGCUGGAUAUGGCGAUGGCUACGAAAGCGGGGAGAUGGAGUUGCACGACGAGAGCGUCAUUCGGGAGCGUCCGCUCACGUGGAUGGUUGAGGGUGAGGCGAGCGUUACAGACUUAGUACUCCAAAGCUUGAGAAACGAAGGUGGCCGGGAAAGCGUCGAGUUACUCUCGCAUGCGGAGGAGGCCGAAGAACAUUGGGAGCUGGCCCACGAACAGCUGGAACCUGAGGGCCUGGCAUACGAGCAGCCUCGGCAACCUGCACAGCCAGAAGAAUUACCAAUACGAAAUGGUGCAGGAACGGCUGCGAAAACCCAACCGAUGAAGGUUCAUGCCAAGGGCAGACUGCAACAAGUGGGUUUAAACAAGUCGGCGCCUUCUGGUCAGCGAGCACCUGAGUCUUCCGGCAUCGCUAGCAAGAAAGACGCCAAAACAAACGGCAAUGCCAACCCUGCCGGUACAUCCGCUCAAACCCGGCAAAGAGUGGCAUCCAAACCAAAUACGCCCGCUGCCAGGCAGCGCGUUGCCUCCAAGCCGUCCAAAGUGUCUGGUCCAGCGGUCUCUGCUAAAGCCAACGCACAGCCUCGAUCAAAGUCGCAACCUAUCAAUCCACAGAAGUAUGAGCAAAGGGACAGUAACGCCUCAAUGUCCCUUGCCGAUGCCAUACCUGACAUUCCUAAACGUGGAAUCGAGCGAGGUAGAAACUGGGAUGAGGUCGUGUUGCCGACAGUGGCAAAGCAGCUGGGUUUGGAUAAACAUGACGAUGACCUGCCCGAACCAGAACCGGAAGAGGUGAUUUAUCCCCCUGCCCCAGGAACAUUCGAUUACGACCAUUCGAAAUAUCGUGCACCAACGCCUUCAGAUACAGUGGCUCACACUCCCCGACCGCUCUCACCACAGUCUGCCGAUGGACAUCUUGCUCCCCCAGAGAAGAUUUCCCACAGGGUAUCAAGAGAGAUUACUCCCCCAAAGCCCCCUGUCGAGAGCCCUCCUGUGCAGGUACCGCCAAGGAUAUCAUCUCCUGCGCCGUUCGCCUCGUAUUCUCCACUGUCGGAACGUACACCUGUGCAAGCUGCAGAUGUAAAGCUCCAGAAAUCCAGCACCGCCAUCGAACGCAGCAAGGACAUUCGGCAAUCCAAGCCGCCGAAGAUCAAAAUCUCACCCCCAGCGGAGUUCGCUAUGGAGGUCGAUCGCGACGAGGAAAAGCACACCAGUGGUUGCAAGUGUGUUGUCAUGUGAUGUUGGAGGCCCAGUUCCAAUUCUAGUUUUGGCGCGGGAUUUUACUGUGUGUACUAUAACUUCCUUCUCUCGUUUUCUCUUCAACUUUCGGGCCACUGUCGUUCAUCUAGACUGCGCAUCUCGGUAACAACCUUCAUUCCCUCCCUUUCGCAGUUUCCUUUCUUUCUACCAUCGACCACCACGCAACCAAAACCGCAUUCGAUUUACCGUAC